AGGCUCCAGAAAUAUACAGAUCCGCUACUGUCCUCUCAGAUAGUGCAAAUUUCGAAAGCAUAAAUUCUUUCUUAUUAUUAAUUGCAAGCAUCCACUCUGUAAUUUUCCAUGUGUGAUCAUUGAAUCAGAUUAACGUUACAUUCUAUUAAAUCGCGUUCUUUUCAAGGUCCUUUAGGAAAAUUUUGAAAAUACAAGUGGGGCAAAGCGAGAAAAUCCUUCGUUCAAGGAGAAUCAGUUUAACUUGCGAUCAUUCGAGAGCUCUGACAUCGAAUACUGUUGAAAUGAGUAAACCCAAAAUUCUGAUUACACGACCAGAUAUACCUGAUGCGGGCGUAAAUUUGCUGCGUAAACGAUAUCAUCUUAUAAUAUGGGAUAAACCUGAACCAAUACCACGUCUUGAAUUAUUGACUAAGAUCCAAGGAGUGGAUGCUGUAUUUUGUGUGUUAACGGAUAAGAUAGAUAAUGAGAUUCUGGAUUAUGCAGGGCCACAGUUGAAAGUCGUGGCAUCUAUGUCAGUGGGCUUGGACCAUCUAGAUAUAAGCAGCUUGCAUAGAAGAAGCAUUAAAAUUGGUUAUACUCCAAAUGUUUUGACUGAGAGCACUGCAGAGCUGAUAAUAGCUCUUUUAUUAGCCACAUCGAGAAAUGUGAUACAUGCAAACUUAGCAGUUUUCCAGGGUGAAUGGACAUCCUGGUCACCCAAAUGGAUGUGUGGUGUAGGACUGGCAGGGAAAACUAUAGGAAUCGUCGGUAUGGGUAGAAUUGGCUUUAGAGUUGCAGAAAUACUUAAGAGUUUCAAUGUUGCCAAGAUAUUGUACAAUAGCAGAACUAUCAAACCAGAAGCAUCCAAAUUUGAUGGCGAAAAAGUAGAUUUUUCGACAUUACUCAAGAACAGUGACUUCGUUAUAGUAACUGUGGCAUUAACACCCGAUACAAAAUACAUGUUUAAUGCUGAAGCCUUCAAUCAAAUGAAGAGGACGGCUAUAUUCGUAAAUGGUAGCCGCGGGGAUGUGGUGGAUCAAAAUGCGCUAAUUGAAGCCUUAGAACAAAAUAAAAUUGCAGCAGCUGGUUUAGAUGUCACAUCACCGGAGCCACUACCAUUAAAUAGCAAACUUUUACAGCUAGAUAAUUGCGUGGUUUUGCCUCACAUAGGAAGCGCUACAGUAGAAACUAGACAGGAAAUGGCUCGUAUCACAGCGACAAAUAUUAUAGCUGUCUUAGAAGGAUACCCCGAAGAAAUGCCUGCAGAAUAUGUCCGUGCAAAUUCUUAAUAUUGCUAUACGAUGUAGAAUGUGAAAAAUUACCGAUAAUCAUAUUGUGAUAUAUAAUAUUUCUCAGUCUAAGAUAAAUUUAUUUAUUUUUUCAAUUUAUAUAUGUACAUUAUACAAUUUAUGUAAUCUAGAGAAGAGUAUAUUAUGUAAUUAUAGAAAUCAGUCUUAAAAAUCAGUCUUUUAAAAUACAAGGUAUAAAUUAAGCAGCA